AAACUGUUAAAACGACCGUUAACCCAGAACCAUAUAGUGGCCGAAAUCCACAAUCAAAUUGCCAAUUCACAAGUAGAAACUGCAGUCAUCAUGUGGGUACCCAGCCACGUAGGCGUAGCAUGUAAUGAAAAAGCUGACACUGCAGCUAAAACUGCAGUGAAUCACGGCCAGACGCUUUCGAUUGACUUAACGCCACAAGAGGCACUUAUACAAAUCAAUACUCUACUAUGGACAGAGACUAAGGACAAGAUAAAGGAAAAAUGUGUAGACUGGGACCAUAAUAUCAUCAAUAGUUUUGCGAUGAAGGAAAGACGACCUUGGUUUAAGGACAAGAGAUUUGACUUAGAGCCUUAUGACAUGAAGCUCCUCAACAGACUAAUUACCGGACACACAUACAACAGCAUCUAUUUACAACAAUUUGUACCAAAUGUUAGUGAAUACUGCAACACUUGCAAUACGCUGGAAACUCCUGAUCAUCAAAUCUUCCACUGUGAUAAGUACAACGCUAUGAGAACGAAGUUUAAACUCUUUGACACGUACAAGACCAUAAAUGAAAUUAUCACCACUAAAAAACCUGAGCUUUUUAAAGAGCUAAUAAACUUUUUGCGAGAAACCAAACUAGAUGGAGCACUCUAGGCCAUAGCACACCAACACCUCCACCCAUAUUCGGCACAGCAAGGAGCAUCAAAGG